AUGUUCCCCCAGGAAUUCAUCAUCAGCUUGAACACUUUGCAAAAAAUUGGAAAAAUCACCAUCGAAAGCUCACAAAUUAGAAGUUUAUGUAUUGAAACAAGCACUUCCAAAGACCCAACUAAUUUUGAGCACUGUGUGGAAAGAGAGUUUGAGCAUGUUGAAGGACAAUUCCAAACUGAAGAAAUUACUAGGAUGAGAGUGUGGAAGAGGGAGGAUCCGUGUGGUCUCUGGAACUGUAUACCUGGCUGGUCUUUUUGGAUUAUAUCAUACACAGGCGCAUUUUAA